AUGGGUGGACCAAAAACGACGGAGGCGAGCCAAUUCCGAUUCAACCCAACGAAACGACUCCGAGCGAGCCUCUGCUCUUUCACUCGCGAGAGGUUGGAGAUCUUGGGAUGGGCGGGUAACAAGCUUGCGCCAGGGAGGGGGUUGCUGGGCGGAAUCUGGCAUCUCGGGAAGAAAGACAUCCAGAUCGGCGACCACCGGCUCAUGGUCCGAACGCCUGUCCCACUGCCACAGGACGGAACAGUAGAGAAUGGAGAGGCGCACGCUUUGAGAGGGAAGCCACCACACAGCAUCCAAACGGCUCGCCGAGCCCGCUGCAGAGAAGUAGGAAAAGGCGCGGAGAAGGGGAUGGCGGGAGCGGAAUGCAUCAAACAAGCCGCUACUCUGCAGAUGGGCUGCUACUGA